CCUGCUAUAGAAUUAAUAUCUGAGCCCUCAAUCGAACCUCGCAAUUCAUCUAAAAUGUUAAAUAUUUCAUUCGUAGCAACACAAAAAGAUUUGAUCUAUAAAACAAAUUACAUUGAUAUUCUUAGAACUCCGAAUUUAUUAGACAAUAUUCCAUUUGUGGGUUCUACCAUUGAUACCUCACCUAUAAAUGCCAUUCAUUGCGACAUAAUAUAUGAACAAAUCUUGUUGACUAUUACUAAAGAUAAAAUUAGAAUUUCCAAGCAGUUUGAAGCCGCUAUUACAGGAGCGAUAAAAAAAGAAAACCCAUAUAAUGAUUUAGAAGAAAUCUUUAAAGAAUAUGGACAAGUUUUUUGUUUAGAAUUUAUAAUGGGCGAAAGAAUAACAAAGUUAAACGGAUUUUCACAUUUUAAGCAGGAAGAUCUUACAAAAAUAGUAAGCAACGGAUUUAAAGAACUAACGGACUGUCAUGAAAUUUUGGCUGAAUGGAAAAACCUUCUUAAUCAACACAAAAUGGAUUCGGAAAG